CCCGAAGAAAGUGAAAGUAGGAGGGAGCAGGGAGCCUCCCAUAUAGGCUCCCCCCGUGUUAGUGUUGUCUGUUAGUGUUGCGAGGCGUGUGCGUGCGAGCUCUCUUCUCCCUCUCUCUCUCUCUCGUUCUCUGUGUGCGUUCACGAUGAACUGCAGGUGGCUGGCGGUGGCCCUGGUGCUGUGUGCGUGUGCGGCCGUGGGCUGGGGCCAGCGGCGGCCGAUCCCGCGUCUCCCGUCGCGGUCGCAGAUCUGCAGGCUCAUGCAGGAUCGCAGCUUCGUGCGGCGGCAGGUCCGGUGCGCCCUGGGUCAGCAGGGGGCGUGCGAGAGGAUCCCGCAGCUCCAGCGACGGACGGCCACCUUCCUCAGAAACGCGAUCCCGGCGGCCCUUGGCGUCGGCGAAUGCGACUUCUGCACCCGCGACGACCUGCAGAAGGUCCGACUGGUCAUGGCCGAGAUGAACACGCGAUACCCCGAGGAGUCCCAGAUGCUUCUGUCGGCCUACGACAACGAGAUCAACCAGUUCGCCAACGGGCAGGAGGUGCUGCAGGCGAGGUUGCAACUCCGCGAGGGAUGUUGAGCGGCGCGGCCGUGGCGGAUGCCGCGGGACGUUGUAGCGUGUGUCGCAGGGAUGCCGGAUCGUGCUUUUGGGUCUUGCAUGAUUCGCGCGGCCGGUCGCGUGGGACUCCGCACGGUUUCGAGGUCUUUGUGUGGAAUGAGAGAUGAAAAGGGAGUGCCGACCGCAUGUUCUUUUCACCCUUCUUGUUUCCCCGCAAAUUUUUGCAAACUUUCGACCCGCGACUUCUUAUCUCUUUGACGACCGGAUUUCCCGUUCCGACGCGCUCUUCGCCACGCCGAUCCCGGCGUCGAGCCAUAAACCGUACCUGACGUCACAAAAAAACCGGUUGUGACUUGAGGUAUCGCCUGACACCACGAUGUAUCCUGUGAUCCCGACUCCGAAUUCAAAAUUCACGAAAUCUCCAUGUGAUUUUUCCGAUAUGGUUACCAGCCGCCUUCCCUUCCCGUUUGUUAAGCGUUUUAGCGAGUUUAAACGGUUUCUGUUAUUUAUGGCUGCAGUCUCGAGUGAUACGUGACUUAACCCAUUUCUUCCCGGUAAUUUCUAAAAAUUCGGCCUUAUCUGUCCCUUUUUUCUAAGCUUGAAUUGCGACGACGAAUGAAAUUGCUGGAUUGCUGAGAACAUCGAGGAAAAAAAAAUAUUUUACGGAAAUAUCUUCCAAAAUGGAAAAUUUGACUAUUUUUUUGUGCAAACAUUUGCUACUUGUGCUUCUUGGAUGAGUGUGAUCCCUGUUUCCCAUUCGCUUCCCCUUUCCAUAGUUACAUUGGUGCCAUGCAAACGAAUGUCUGGUGGUCAUCAUAAAGUCACUUUCUCUGGUC